AUGGUAAGAAGGAUCUUUGGAAUUGGUAGAAAGAGCGAGUCUCCCGAAGAAUCGUCGAAAAAAGAUACACCGAGCAGUUCAUCACCUUCACAGGGUGAAAAGAUUUCAGGGACUUUUAACGAGGCCCCAAACCUUACUAGAGAUUAUACCGACGAUACUAUAAGUCACGUAUCUUCUUCUUUGCAUUCCUCCGUUUUUUCGAGGAGUAGAAGAACGUAUGACACUGGUGCUUCCUCUACGCGAACCGGCAGUACUAAAAGGAAAGAAGAUGCAAGUGGGACGGAUCAUGAUAUUGGUAGGCCCCUGCGCGUAUUAGAUUUCGAGAAAUUAAGUCUCCUCAGCUCGGUGGCCGAAGAGGAAGACAGCGCUAGAGACCACAGUCAUCAUUAUUCAAGUAUAGCUGGUGAGACCCAGAAAAACAUCUCAGGGAAAAAUUCAUUGAUUCAGGGAUCUCAUGGCAACAAAAAGGAAGUUGACAGACCUGCAAUCUCGGUGGACGUUGUAACUGAUGAACUCCGAAUACUAGAAGACAAUUUGGCCGCUUUGAUGGACGAUAUCCAUCAAAAUGUUACCAAUAUAUCAAAGGCUGUGAUUGAAGCUGUGGAAUAUUUCAAGAGGUUCUUGCCAGACUAUAACUCAUCCAAAAUUGCGUUCAGAGCUUCAGCCUUGGAUAAAAAUAAGUCUCUGAGAAAGAUUACCAAGGUUGUACUACAUUUUUUUGAUAAUUUACUGCAUUCCGAGGUUUUCAGCAAUUCAAGAGCUAUACUAAUGAAGCGAUACAUUGAUUUUUUGAAAAAGCUUAAUGUGAGCGGGAUUGAGGAGCAAUCGGGCCCUCGAACCUUGCCGCAUCCCAGGAAUUUUUGUAUCGACCAUGAAUGCGACCUUCCACACAAGGAUAAUAUUGCCAUGAUUAUGCAACAAGUAGCGAAUGCAGAGUCUUCGAUCAUUUCAGAUCAAGAGGGGGCGUUUAUAGCGCCCAUUCUCCGUGGUUUGACGAGCAGCUCUGCCGUCCUGACAGUUAUGUUCGGGCUUCCUUCAUUACAGCAAGAGCACGAAGAGAUGGUGAAAGCACUUUAUUCGUUGUUUCCGGAUGUGCAUUUCUUCUGUGUGAAAGAUUACAUCAAGAACUGUGCGGACGUUAUCCCAUCAAUUAAGCCACGGCCCAUGGAAAACAAAGCACUGCCGAAAUUCCAGCCCCCCUAUAGGUUGCUUACCGAUGCUAUGAGCCCACCCAUCUCCAUGUCGCUUUCAUCUGAUCAAAGCAAAAACAUCAGUGGCACUUUAGGAGGUUAUUUGUAUCCUCAGAUCGAUAACUCAAAGCCAAGUCUCUCUCAGUUCAGCGGCUCCACUUUCGCAAUAACCUGUGCCCACGUUGUUUUGCAGGAGUCCCAGGAUUAUCCGCAUGUAUCGGUACCUUCGCAUGUUUUGCAGAAUCAGUAUAAGGGCUCGCUCUAUGAUGAGUCCCUGCGGUAUGGGAAGGACUCAAAUGAAAGAACUGCAUUUGAGUCAGAAAUUUUCAAGAUUGAGCAAAACUUGCAAUGGCAGAGGGAGAAUCCAUUUGGGCAGGUCGUUUGGGGAGAAAGGUCUAUAGUAGACAAACGACUUUCGGAUUUUGCAAUCGUAAAAGUCAAUCCUGCAUUUAAUUGUGCCAAUUAUCUUGGUGACGACGUAGCGGCCAUUUCAAGCCCCACGCUGAGAUUUCAGAAUUCUUAUGUGAAAGAAAAAGUGCUGAAACCGAGGGCUGGAACCGAGAUCUUCAAGAUUGGAGCAACAACGAAGUAUACAACGGGUCGAUUGAAUGGUUCGAAACUAGUUUAUUGGGCCGAUGGUAAGAUACAGAGCAGCGAGUUUGUCAUAUCUUCUCCUUCGCCUUUAUUCGCUGCUGGCGGCGAUUCUGGGGCUUGGAUUUUGACAAGACUCACGGAAAGGGUGGGAUUAGGAGUUCUCGGGAUGUUGCAUUCCUACGAUGGAGAAUUGAGGCAGUUUGGGCUUUACACUCCUAUCGUAGACAUUCUAGAGAGGCUAAAUACCGUGACCGGUGUUUUAUGGGAUAUUGAAAAGCCGAACGACGCUUAG